CAGAAGCACGAGUUCAUACAAAGCUCGCGCUGGUUAGUGAUCAGUAUUAGGCGCGUAGUGUAAGUAAGCAGGUCCGAUGCGCUAGUCAAGGCAACCCACAGCAGAGAUGAAGGCGGACUCUUAUUGGCUCUGAUUUUUAAAGCCCUUUUCAUUCAAAAGAGGUUGCCCAUUAACAACAUGGCAGAGCUGUCGGCCACGGUACCCACUGCAAAAAUGGCGGCACUUAGCCGGGUCCGAGCCCUGACUCUGGUUUUCUUAACUGUCAGCGCUUGUUUGGUGAGCUCGACAAGUGGAAAGGACGGGGAGGAUGAGACGGUUAUUAUAGGUCUUAGACUGGAGGACACGGAUGACAUUUCCUUUAUGGACAGGGGAUAUUUGCGGGUUAGUGAAAGGUCUCGUGUCAAGUUGAGGGUCUAUGGGCAAAACAUUAACAACGAGACUUGGUCCAAAAUUGCGUUCACAGAGCACGAACGUACCAAAGUCAUUGGCAACAUUGACAGCUCUUCUGGUGACAACAACAGCCAAGAGGACACGUCCAGCUUCCUUCCCUGCGGCAUUAGAACCUCGGAUAUUAUAAUCCUGCCCAACAUAGUCCUAAAUAGAAAAACAUCGGGGAUAAUUGAACUCGAAGUCAAGCCUCUGCGAAAAACAGAAAGAAGUAAAGCGUACUUCUUGUGCAUUGCCACUUCAGCGCCUGCUGCAGCGGGCUUGCACGACCCAUGGAGCGAGAAUACUUGGGUCUAUCACGAUGGUGAUGAUACUAAAGUUAUAGUGGUGGAAGAGAAAAAGUUUUUGCUUCCCUUCUGGCUACAAGUCAUCUUUAUCUCCAUGCUCCUGUGUCUGUCGGGCAUGUUUAGCGGGUUGAAUUUGGGGUUGAUGGCGCUGGAUCCCAUGGAACUGCAGAUAGUUCAGAACUGUGGCACGGAAAAGGAGAAGAGCUAUGCGAAAAAAAUCGAGCCCGUACGAAGUCAGGGGAAUUACCUACUUUGCUCGCUUCUCUUAGGAAACGUCUUGGUCAAUACUACUUUAACUAUUCUGCUCGAUGACAUUGCAGGAUCUGGAUUGAUCGCGGUCGUAAUGUCAACCAUUGGAAUAGUCAUAUUCGGGGAAAUCGUGCCUCAGGCUAUAUGCUCGAGACACGGUCUUGCAGUGGGUGCAAAUACCAUAUUCUUGACCAAAUUCUUCAUGCUGCUUACCUUCCCAGCUUCCUAUCCCGUAAGCAAACUUUUAGAUUAUCUUCUGGGCCAGGAGAUCGGAACCGUAUAUAACAGAGAGAAACUCCUGGAGAUGUUAAGAGUUACAGAUCCGUAUAACGAUUUAGUUAAAGAGGAGCUGAACAUCAUUCAGGGAGCUUUGGAGCUCAGGACUAAGACCGUGGAAGAUGUGAUGACACCCUUGAGAGAUUGCUUUAUGAUUGCGGGGGAUGCUAUACUCGACUUUAACAUGAUGUCAGAAAUUAUGGAGAGUGGGUACACUCGCAUCCCCGUGUUUGAAGGGGACAGGUCUAACAUCGUGGACAUACUCUUCGUCAAAGACCUGGCGUUUGUGGAUCCGGAUGACAGUACUCCCCUGAAAACGAUCACCAAGUUUUAUAGCCACCCUUUGCAUUUCGUCUUCAAUGACACCAAACUGGAUGCCAUGCUGGAGGAGUUUAAGAAAGGUAAAUCCCACCUGGCGAUCGUCCAGAGGGUAAACAACGAGGGGGAGGGAGACCCCUUCUACGAGGUCCUGGGUAUCGUCACCUUGGAGGAUGUUAUCGAAGAAAUCAUCAAGUCUGAAAUUUUGGACGAGACUGACUUGUAUACCGACAACAAAACAAAAAAGAAAAUAACCCAUCGGGAAAGGAAGCAGGAUUUCUCGGCCUUCAGGCCCACGGACAAUGAGACGAAGGUUAAAAUAUCACCUCAGCUUCUACUGGCUACACUGCGUUUCCUAGCAACAGAAGUAGAACCCUUCAGUCCGACUCAGAUGUCUGAGAAGAUUCUCCUGCGUCUUCUCAAACACCCCAAUGUCAUCCAGGAGCUGAAGUACAACGACAAGAACAAGAGAGCUCCAGAUCACUACCUCUUCCACCGCAACAAGCCUGUAGACUACUUCAUCCUCAUCCUUCAGGGCAAAGUGGAGGUGGAGGCAGGCAAGGAAGGCAUGAAGUUUGAAGCCGGACCGUUUUCCUCCUAUGGAGUGAUGGCCCUGACCGUCUCCCCAGUAUCUCUGUCCCUGUCUCGCACCUUUGUGGUCAGUAGGGCCGAGUCACUGGCAGCAUCGCCAGAGAAUAAGUCCCCCCCGAGGUCAUUCGGGCUGAACCACUCGGACUCCCUGAACCGCAGCGACCGGAUCGAUGCCGUCACUUCCACACUGGGUAGCAGCAACAACCAGCUCAACACCUUCCUUCAGAUCUACAUGCCAGACUACUCAGUCAGGGCCGUGUCGGACCUGCAGUACAUAAAGGUAACGCGGCAGCAGUACCAGAACGCCCUCAUGGCCUCCCGCAUGGACAAGACCCCACAGUCCUCAGACAGCGAAUACACGAAAAUCGAACUGACUCUGACGGAGCUGCACGAGGGCCAGCCAGACGAGACCGUCAACCUGCUGAACCAGCAGCAGAACUGCAUGGCCCACAACAAGUCGAACCACACAGUGCACAAUGAGGGCCCUGUGUGACCCAGGGGUGGGGCGUGCCCCCAAACCCCCCACCUCCCCAGGACAGGCCGCUCCCACACAUGGGGCUGCAUGCCCCCAGACCAAAGAGCUUGGUCCCCUUUUCUUCAGGGCGGUGUGACAGUUGACCGAGGAACACAAGCAGGGCGGCACCAGACUGGCACAGAAAGGCUGCGCUAAAUACCGCUUUGAAGAAAACCACCAACCAAGAAUGUUUUAAUGUAUUGUUUUUAAUGUGUAUUUUAUUUAUUUUAUAAAUGUAUAUAUCUAUUUUUUGUAUUUAGGUGUAUAUGUAUAAGUACAUGCACACACUGUUAGACAUGCACUCAUAUCUAUGUAUGUGUCGGGUUUUUUUUGUUGCAGAUUUAUACAUUACAAAGUUCUUAAUCAGCCUUAUGGUAACAAUGUUUUCACCUUUUUAAAAUCAAGUUGACAUUAUUGCCUUUAAAAAUCUUAUUAAUGUUUUUAACAAGUGCAAUGAACCACAUUUUAUUUAUAAAAUGAUUAUUAUUAAAAUCACUCUUUUUUGUAAAUUGCACAUAUUUACAUAUGAAACAAUUAAAUCCUUUUUCUGCUGCUUCUUUCUCUGCAAGAUCAGCGUUCGUUGCGAGGGAAGCACGUGACGCGUCUUUAAUUUCAGCACGAUCUCGGUGCAGUUGAUGGGCGACCCUGCUGGCUAAAUACCUUUACAAUCGGUGGUAACGACUCUCGCCCGGAGUCACCGCUUGUUUGUUUUGUCAAAUGAUCUGUGUUCCUCUGCUAAUUCCCUGAUAAGUACAUGCUUGUCUUGACUAACUUUAGACAUUUAUCCAGCAUUCUGACCACAUAAUUAUAUUCACAAAAGCAUUCAAAUUGAGUUAAUAAAAGACCUCUUGUACAUAGAAGAUUACUGAGAAUGUUGACAUGAAAUUAUAUAUGAAAAUGAGACAGUAUUUUCUGUCAGUUUAGUUCCUUUUUUAUUUUUUACACUGGAUACAUUUAGUUCUGUUUUGUCAACACUGAGCAAAUGAUGUUUGUCUCUUCCUUGUAAUAACAAAAAUGUUACUUUAAUUAUACCACUGCCCAAUUCCUUGUUUCUACCAUGACUGUCUAGAUUGUUUAUUGAUAAUGGUUGGGUUUAUAACUGAACCUUAUAAAUCUACACAUAUUUAUUAAUUAGUA